UCUCAUCUCAUUCAAUUCAAUUCAAUUCAAUUCAAUUUCAAUCGUAAUCUACGGUCUGAUAGAAGGAAGAGGAGGAGCAAAACAAGGAUUCUCUUUCGUUCACCAAAACAUGGGAUUCGCUGCUGCACCCUUAUUCUCAUUCCCAACAACAACAACAUCGCAUUAUAAUUACUACUUCCUCGUCAUGUGUAUUAAGCCACCCAGGAACACCCUUCCUUCCAUGGCGAUUUGAUCUUUCCAUCUUCCUAAAAGCCUUAUAAUCCCCUUUGAGGCUUUUACGGAAGGUGGGAUCUGACUUUGAUCCUAUAAGGGGUGUUUGGCUGUAGAGUUUCUGUAAGGUCACCAACUGUUUGAUUCAUUGCUCAUUAGUGUUCCUCUUAAUUACCUUUGUGUAACUCUGCAGCUCUUAAUUUGAACCAAUCCUUCCGUUUUUUUUUUCGGGGUUUUGAAUCAGUUGGUCAUUUUCUAGAUAAGAAUCAGAUGUUUUUGGUUAGAUUCUUGCACUAGUUGUUGUUGAAGGGUCUGAAGAAAGAAAUAUAGGUUUUUGAGCUAGUUUUUUAAUGCAAUUUUCAAGCUGGGGCCUAGAGAAGUUUGAAAUUUUGUUACGAGACCUUUAAUUAGGUUUUGAAGGGGGGGAAGUUGGGAAUAAAAUGGGUGAAGAUCACAAUUCUUGGUUAAGGAGGACAAAAUUCUCUCAUACUGUGUGCCACCGCUUGAAUCCUUCGACACUUGCCUCUAUUCCUCUCAGCAUUGAGACAGAGCACAAUUCAGGUCUGAAAUCAAGACCUUCUUACCCGCAGAGAUCUUCUUCACCCUUGCCCGAAACUUCGCUUUCUGAUACCUUUAGGGAAGCACGGCAUGAUCAAAAGAGGUUCUCAACACCAGGUCCUAGGGGGAAGCCCAGCAAUGAGGGAAACAUGGAUAAGUUGCGGAGCAAGGAGCUUGGGGAAAGUAAGGUUUUGAGGUUGAAAUCGCGUUCCAAUAGUCCAAAUGGGCAAAUGAAACCAGAUAAUAACUCAAACCACCAAAAGGAUUUAGCCUGGACCAAGUGUUUAGACAACAGUGGAGGAGGAAAGGUUACCGAAACAGAUGAACGAUGGAAUGUUGACCUCUCUAAGUUGUUUCUUGGCCUUAAGUUUGCUCAUGGCGCUCAUAGUCGGCUUUAUCAUGGUGUAUAUAAGGAAGAGUCUGUUGCAGUUAAAAUUAUUAGAGUACCUGAUGAUGAUGAAAAUGGAACCUUGGCUUCUCGGUUAGAGAAUCAGUUCGCUAGAGAAGCCACCCUUUUAUCUCAUCUUCACCAUCCGAAUGUUAUAAAGUUAGUAGCAGCAUGCAGAAAGCCACCGGUUUACUGUAUCAUCACAGAGUAUCUAUCAGAAGGUUCUUUGAGGGCAUACUUGCAUAAGUUGCAGCACAAACCUAUGUCUCUAGAAAAGCUAAUAACUUUUGCUCUAGAUAUUGCUCGUGGGAUGGAAUAUAUACACUCUCAAGGUGUCAUUCAUCGAGACCUUAAACCAGAGAAUGUUCUCAUUGAUGAAGACUCCCACCUCAAAAUUGCGGAUUUUGGAAUUGCUUGUGAGGAGGUAGUCUGUGAUUUAUUGGCUGAUGACCCAGGAACCUACCGAUGGAUGGCGCCUGAGAUGAUCAAACGUAAAUCCUAUGGGAGAAAGGUUGAUGUCUACAGUUUUGGGCUUAUGUUAUGGGAAAUGUUGACUGGAACAAUACCAUAUGAGGAAAUGACUCCAAUCCAGGCUGCUUUUGCUGUAGUAAAUAAGAACUCAAGACCAGUUAUUCCUUCUGACUGCCAACCUGCUAUGCGAGCUUUAAUUGAGCAAUGUUGGUCCUCGCAACCAGAUAAGAGGCCGGAUUUCUGGCAGAUUGUUAAGGUAUUAGAGCAAUUCGAAUCCUCCCUUGCCCAAGACGGGACCCUGACUCUGGUACAAAACCCUCUUUCCCAUGAUCAUAAGAAAGGUCUUCGGCAUUGGAUUCAAAAGCUUAGUCCUGUGUAUCCAAAUGGCCAUGUGCCUAAACCCAAAUUCACAUGAAUCAUUGCAGUGCCCUGGAUUUGGUAGUACUCCACCAGGUCCAUUGUAUUAAAAACUGGAAGGUUUGUUUUUGACGUUCUCUGGUUUUAGUUGUGACAUUCAUGUGACAGGGAAUUGAUUUUUAGGCCAAACACAUAGUUGAAAGCUUCUUUUUCUU